AUGGAGGAGGUCACCGGUCCUACUACCCGACUCGACAGUCUCUGUCAGGAUAUGAUUCAGAUGCUGAGAGCUUCCAUGCAGAGUCCCCGAUCUACAGAGGUAGGGAUUUUGAUGGCAUACCUGUCCUACCACAUUUGGUUGGACAGGAAUGCCGGCCUAUUUGAGGGGAGCAGGUUGUCCCCGAGGAGGGUGGUGGAUAGAGCUGCGCUAUAUGCGAGGGAGGUUAUAGCGGCUACCGUUCGAUUCUUUUCUGGGAUAGUCAGGGACACCUGGGGUACUCUCCACGCUGCUUCAGCGCCCCAGUUUGCCCUUGUUUCUUGGGUACCCCCACCCCUUGACUAUCUCAAAGUAAAUUUUGACGGCAGUCGGUCAGUGGAUGGUGCAGCUGGAGGGGUUGGAUUUGUGAUUAGGGACCACCUUGGCAGGUUGAUAGCAGCAGGAGGGAGGCGCACGCCAGGACUCACAGUAGUUGGGGCAGAGCUGCAGGCAGCCUGGGAGGGUAUAUCCUAUGCGUGGCAGGUACUUGGCGUGGAGCGGGUCUGCCUUGAGGGAGAUUCAUCUGUGGUUAUCGACUGGCUCCGAGGGGCGGAUCGGUUUGGGGAUGGUCACCCCCUCAUCCGGGAGAUUCGUAGGGUGGUGCUGCUGUUGGGCGAGGUUCAGAUAGGACAUGUGUUCAGGGAGGCGAACAGGGCUGUAGACUGGGUCGCCUCUUAUGUUGCUCGGUGGUGCACUUUAAAAUAUGUGUCGGUUGAUGGACGACAGAGGAUUGUGCGCUUUAAAAUCUGUGCAGGUGGAUGA